GAACGAUGCCUUCGUUUGGGUCCAGGGAAGCAGGGAGUGUAGCGCACCACCGAGAACACAACAACCUGAAGACACGUUAGAAAAUAAUAAUAUAGGAAAUAAACGGAAAACAUACAGGUCAAACUACGUGAUCAUGACAUGUAUUAUUUUAGGAAGCAUAUAGUCAUUUUGCUAAGUGCUACAUUUUGAAAGAUUGGGAUAUUCAUGAUCUUACAUCUUUAAAACAUCCCAUUGUUAUCUCUACUCCUGUCCAAUGUCUCCGGUGUAGGACUGACUUCCCUGGCUUACCUGAUCUUCCGCUUCAUGACCUGACCACAUUUCUGCCUCUCAAUUCUGCUUCUGUUUGCCCUGGUUCUCAUAAAUCAACCUGCUUUCUCGGCACCUGCAUCGCUCCCAAGUCUUCUGUCACAACAGUGUGAAGAGAUGAUGCAACUAACUAUAUAUAUAUAUAAAUAUAUAAACAGGGUGGACAAUCACAGACAGGGCAACACCAUACUACUAACGUCAAUGACAGAUCUGACGGGACUGAACUCGGACGCGGACUAAGUAUACAAGACAGGCUGGGAUUAACUAGAAACAGGUGGGAACAACCAGGAGUCAACAUGAGGAUGGAUACCACACUUUGGUCAUGCCUGUUAUCCUGCCUGUUGCUAUUCAUAGCUGAUGCAAAACAUCUUCAGCAACAAACGGGACCAAUUACAUGCAAAGUUUCCAGGGCCACCAGCAUGGACCUCUCUUACAAACACCUUAGUAAAGUUCCAAGAAACUUGCCAAGAAACAUUCAGGAGCUGGACUUGUCUCGCAACAACAUUUACAGUUUACAUGACAAGGACCUGGAGGGUCUGCCAGACCUCUGUAUUCUGAAGAUCACACACAAUGGCCUUUUAGACAUUUCCCCAUCUGCGUUCCUGGGAAAUAUUAAACUGCAGCUCCUUAACAUUUCCUUCAAUGCUCUGAGAACCAUUCCAGAGCUUAGUCUGCCUGAUCUUCGAGUUCUUGACGUAUCAGAAAACCUGUAUGGAUCUUAUUACUUAGGAAAAUCCUACACAAGUCUUUUAAACCUUGCAUUUCUUGCACUUGGAAGUCCUCAAGCAAGAUCGAUAAAUUUGACUGACUUUGCUUCACUCCAUGCAAUCCCUCUCCAGAGUCUGAAAUUAAGCAGUGGAGUUGAGAUGAAAUUGUAUGAACAUGGAUCUAUUGCUCAGCUAACAAUGCUACAAGAGUUGACUCUUCACAUGACAUUCUGUGAAAACCCGGAGAUAUUCGGAAAUAUCCUGCAAGAUCUGAACAAAACUAAUGCGGAGAGUUUGACUCUGGUAAAGUUCUUUCCUGAUAUUUGUAAUGUCUCCAAUGGCAUUUUUGCAGGUUUUAGAAGUUUAGGACAUCUUAAAAGCCUUUUCUUCUAUAACACCUGGUUCAAUAGUUCAGUUAUGACCAGUUUAGUGCGCAACGUUAUCCAGUCUCCAGUUAAGAUAUUAUCAUUUUAUAACAUAACCUUUGCCCAAGACACACCGGAAGGUAUCCACAUUCCUAAUGUUCCAGGAUAUAAUAAACCAGGAAAUAUCAGGAUCAUAGUAUUUCAGACUAUACACCAUUAUCAAUAUAAUUUCCCUUUGAUCAAUGUCAAUGUAACUCUUUUUCCCUACUUGAACUACGUGAAAUUCUCUGGUACUGGAAUGAGCAUACUUCCAUGCAAUCUUAUUUCAGCUCUUCCAUCACUCCAAGUCCUUGAUUUGUCAGACAAUCUCCUGAAAGGCCGGGGACUAUGGUGGCCAUCCUGUUCUUUUAGCAAUGUCUUUCCAGCUUUAAAAGAACUUUAUGUGAGAAGCAACAAGUUUGUAGACCUCCAGUUCAUCUCCAAUCACACUUAUGAGAUGAAGAAUUUGAACAAACUUGACUUGAGCACCAACUCACUCAGGCUGAUGGGAAUGAGCUCGUGGCCCCCUCACCUCACUGAACUCUCUCUGAGUGAUAACUCUCUGGGUGAUGCAGCCUUCAGUUACCUUUCACCUUACGUGGAAAUCGUUAACCUGUCACACACAGGCAUUACAGCCCUGACACAAACUGCUGUCUCCCAGCUGUCUAGUUUAAAACAUCUCUUCUUGAGCUCCAACAGCAUCAGUAGCCUGCCUUCUGACCUAUCACUGCCUGAUCUGGAGGAACUACACAUUCACCAGAACAUCAUCAACACCUUGAAUCAAAACACUUUUGAAGGACUGCCUAGACUGAAGAGACUGAAAGCUGGAAGAAACCCCUUUGCCUGCAAUUGUGAUAUAGCCUGGUUUGUGACCAGCUUUAAUAAAACUCUGUUAACUGACUGGCCCUCUGAUUACACCUGCUCCUCUCCACACGAUCUUGCUGGCAUGGCAUUAGAAAACUAUCAUCCUGGCUGGGUGUCUUGCACCCCAUGGAUUCAAGCAGUUAUUUCUGUAGUAAUAAUUAUAAUUGUAACCGGGGUGUUGGGAUAUGCAUUCUACACUUUUGACGGCGCCUGGUACCUCCAGAUGCUGUGGGUAUGGCUAAGGGUGAAGCGCAGGGGCUACCAGGAAGCCAAUAGGUUGAGAGCAGCUGCCUUCAAGUACCACGCCUUCAUCUCCUAUAGUCAGAAAGACUCUGAGUGGGUGGACACCCAACUGGUACCCAACCUGGAAGCAGCAAAUUUUAACCUCUGCAUUCAUGAACGGGACUUUGUUCCUGGUGACUGGAUCAUCGACAACAUCAUCAACUGCGUGGAAGAUAGCUACAAAACAUUGUUUGUGCUCUCCCAAAACUUUGUGCAGAGCGAGUGGUGCAAUUAUGAGCUGUUCUUCGCUCAGCAUCGGGCUCUGAGCAUCCAACAAGACUCCCUGGUCUUCAUCCUGCUGGAACCCAUACCUGCAGACUCCCUCCCUAAGAAGUUUUUGAAGCUGAGGACUCUUCUGAGACAGCAGACCUACAUGGAAUGGCACAAGGACGAGCGUAAGCAACAAGUCUUCUGGACAAACCUGAAGGCCAUGCUUCAGGUAGCUGAUAAAAGCAUGGUUCUGGAACGUGUUGCUAAGGAGGUGACAGAAUUAUGUCACCUACUUAAUGAAAAUGAAUAAGAUUUCAAGUUUUUUAUUUUUCUAUUUUGGCAAAAUAAGGGUUUGUGAUGAUGAUUCUUAAUGAUUUAGUCUCCUUAUAUCAGCAUCAUAAUAUAAGCAAUUUUUGAAUUUUGAAAAUUUUUCUUGGUGUUUUAUCUAUAAAUGUUUUCUGAUACUGUUUUAUAAUGACUCUGGCUUAAAUUGCAAAGUGGUGUUACUUGUUUAGAAUUUGGUGAUCAGUGGUCAUUGUCAACACACAACAACGAAAUGUGUCCUCUGCAUUUAACCCAUAUGUGACAUAGCAGGAGGCAGCUAAUUCAGCACCUGUGGAGCAGUACCUUGCUCUGGGUACCUUAGUGGUGCCUUGCUGGUUGGGGAUUCAAACCUGCAAUCUUUCAAUUACAAGUGCGCUUCCUUAACCAUCAAGCUACCACUGCCCAGUGGCUAAUGGCUAUAAAAUAGUUUUCAUUUAUAUCAGGGGUGGCCAAUCUUAUCCGCAAAGGGCCAGUGUGGAUGGAGGUUUUUGGGAUAACCUGUAGGUCAGCUGUUCAAACCCAGGUGUGAGGACUCUUCAGCCAAUCAGUAAUCUAAUUAGGGAGUUGCAGUGAAAGCCCGCACACACACCCGCCCUUUGCGGAUAAGAUUGGCUACCCCUGAUUUAUAUGAAUUAAGAUGUAUCAGCUUCAUAAUGAAUGUAAUCAGAAAUGCCUAACAUAAUACAUAAUACAAAAUGCGGAUUUUCUAGUGUAAAAUCAGGAUAUGGUAAGUUUCAGAAAGAAAUGCAGUUUAUAUAGAAAAGCUAAAAUUACUUGGAGCAUGUGUGCAGGAUGUGUUAAUGGUGUGCAGAGGCUUUCUACUAAAUGUGCCCCUGAUGGAAGCUCAAUAAAUAAACUUUUUCAUAU